CAUUUCCUCUACUACCAUUACAAUCACUGUACUUAUACCCAUUGCGAGCAUGUCGACGCUUUCUAGUGUUGUAUCUAAGCUAGUGCGCGCCUCACAUGGGAGCGCCAUUCCCGACUCAGUGCCAGACGAAGAUUUGGAUCGUGUGGUUGCUGAGCUCAUCCUCAAGGAGGCGCGCGAGAAGGAGCUCACGUACGGCAAAGAAGGCAUAGGGGCGUAUCUGCCGAAUGGAGGACAAGGAGAGAGCAACCUCCCCAAGACGAACAAGCGAUUUCUCACCACCAUGCUUCGGAACGUCGAUGACCACAACACGAGUGUCAUUCGUCAACAACAGCUUGCUGCUGACCUUGCACGGGAGGAACGGGAUAAGGCAGAAGUUUGGGAACGGAUACGACAGGAUGAGGACAGACAUGAGCGGUUGGAUGAAGAGAGGAGGGAGAGUAGGAAGAAGGAAGCCGAUGGUGCGAAAGAUCGGAUGAGGAGGUUAUUGGGAAAUAGCUUGAGGAGGGAAGGGGAAGGAAGUAGUGGGAGGAGCAAACACAGGGAAAGAGGUAGUGGUGAGAGUCCACGAUCGAAUAACGACGACCGGAGAUCUUCGAAGACGUCCCACUCGAGAUAUCGUAACGGUGAUCACAGGAAGCGUACACGACACGACGAGCAUGACUUUUCUCCACGCCCACACAAACGUCGACGAGACGAUCGAGAAUACUCUUCCUCCCCACCGUCUCAGAAAUGUGGAGAACGUAUUUCCUCAUCACCCCCGCACAAAUCACACUCUCAACGACAUCGGUAUGACGAUGUAUCACCUCCCCGACGGCGACGGCCAGAGCUCGCUUCUGACGAAGACGAAGACGUCUGGCGACCUAGCAGGCGACGAUCUGUAUCCCGCGAGCGUAGAAAGCAUGAACCUCGGCUCGAGUCCGAUUCAUCAGCUAAAUCCACUCUUCCACUCCAUCCUGCUCUGCUCGAUCUUGACUCCACCCCGGUACCCAGCUCUCCACCAAUGUCCAAAAUGGACCGGUAUUUCGACGACGCGUAUGACCCGCGCCUGGACUUCCAGAUCUCCCAGGACGGGUUUGUCGAGUCCGGCCAGUUCGAGGGUUGGGACCAGAUGCUGGAGGUACUCAAAUUGCGUAAGGAGGAAAAGCGCCUGCGGGAGUGGGAGCAGGCGGCGCGGGAAUAUGAAGAGGACAAGAGAGGGAGGAAGAAGAAGAGCAAGGAGGAGAGAGAGCUGGAGGAACGUGGAAGACCGAUUAAGGAGCUGCUUGAGGAGACGAAACGGAAAUUACGGGAACUUGAGGGGAAGGAGAAAGGGAUAAUGGAUGUGGUGUAUAAAAAGAGGGGGGAAGCUAGGGAAUGGGAUAAGGGGAGGGUCACUUUUUGA